UAACCUCUUUGUUUUUCCCAUCCCUCCCUGUCUCCUGUUCAUUCAGCAUAUUUUUUUUUUAAAUAAAUAUAUAUAGGUUUUCAUCCAUGAUGGCGGAAGAUAGCGAGUCCGCGGCCAGUCAGCAGAGCCUGGAGCUGGACGACCAGGACACCUGCGGAAUAGAUGGCGAUAACGAGGAGGAGAAUGAACACAUGCAAGGGAGUCCGGGGGGAGACUUGGGGGCUAAGAAGAAGAAGAAGAAACAGAAGAGAAAGAAAGAGAAGCCAAGCUCUGGAGGGGCCAAGUCAGACUCUGCCUCAGACUCACAGGAGAUAAAGAACCCAGGGCUGCCCAUGCAGAAGCUGCAGGACAUCCAGAGAGCCAUGGAGUUGCUGUCCUGCCAGGGACCAGCUAAGAGCACCGAUGAGGCCACCAAACACAAGUACCAGUUCUGGGACACACAGCCAGUACCUAAACUCAAUGAGGUUGUAACCAGCCAUGGGCCCAUGGAGGCUGACAAAGACAACAUCAGACAGGAGCCCUACUCUCUACCACAGGGCUUUAUGUGGGACACUCUGGACCUCAGCAACGCUGAUGUGCUGAAGGAGUUGUACACCUUGUUGAAUGAGAACUAUGUGGAGGAUGAUGACAACAUGUUUAGAUUUGAUUACUCACCCAGCUUUCUCAAAUGGGCGUUGCGUCCUCCAGGCUGGUUGCCCCAGUGGCAUUGUGGGGUGAGGGUUUCCUCCAAUAAGAAACUGGUUGGUUUCAUCAGUGCCAUUCCUGCUGAUAUCCACAUCUACGACACCUUAAAGAAAAUGGUUGAGAUCAACUUCCUGUGUGUUCAUAAGAAAUUGCGUUCAAAGCGUGUGGCUCCAGUUCUGAUCCGGGAGAUCACGCGAAGGGUUAACUUGGAGGGUAUAUUCCAGGCCGUCUACACGGCAGGAGUGGUACUACCCAAACCUGUGUCUACCUGCAGGUACUGGCAUCGUUCUCUGAACCCCAGGAAGCUGGUGGAGGUGAAAUUCUCUCACCUGAGCAGAAACAUGACGCUGCAGAGAACCAUGAAACUGUACCGACUACCAGACAGCACUAAGACCCCGGGCUUGCGAGCGAUGGAGAGGCGUGAUGUGCGUCAGGUGACGGAGCUGCUGCAGAAACACAUGAGACGUUUCCAGCUGGCGCCCUCUAUGUGCGAGGAGGAAGUGGCACACUGGUUCCUCCCUCAGGACAACAUCAUAGACACAUUUGUAGUGGAGGGUGCCGGUGGUGUGUUGACAGACUUCACUAGUUUCUACACCCUGCCCUCCACAGUGAUGCACCAUCCACAGCACAGAAGUCUAAAGGCUGCUUACUCCUUCUACAGCGUUCACACACACACUCCACUACUGGACCUGAUGAAUGACACUCUCAUACUGGCCAAACUGAAAGGCUUUGAUGUGUUUAAUGCUCUGGACCUGAUGGAGAACAAGGUGUUUCUGGAGAAGCUCAAAUUUGGCAUCGGAGACGGCAACCUGCAGUAUUACCUUUUUAACUGGAAAUGUCCCCCCAUGGACCCCGACAUGGUUGGCCUUGUUCUUCAAUAACUAGUCUGUCUGUGACUGCUACACACUCAGAGGUCAAAGGUCUUCUUUGACCCCUAACAUCGCUCUACCUGGACACACAGGUAGUCCCAAACUAGAAGAAGACAAUGACAACAAUCAACCAAUCAAAGUGAUCGGGAGGUGUGCAUCACUUUGAGCAUCUCUCCUGGAUCAUUUUUAUCAUGGAGAACAUUCUCUCUGCUCACCCGGAACUGAGAACUCUUUUUAACCAUCAACAUCAUGAAUGUGAAGUCAUGCUCUGCCUGAGACAGACUCUUGUACAGUACACACACACACUACAUGAAGAGAAGGAAGAUUUGCGUCCAAAAUGUUUUUCUUGUUUUAUUCAAAAAGGUGCAUUGGUAACUGUGUUUGUUGGACAGUGCAGAAAUGUAGUAACCUGUACAUUUAAUGCCAGAACAUAUUUAUUCCUGUAGUGUGGGAUAUGGGGGGUGGGAGAGGAAAGAUUCAACUAGCGUAGAUGUUAUUGACUUUGGUGUUCCUAUGAACGGUUAGGAGGGGAUUCUAGGGAGUUUUGAGGAAGAAUGUAUUUGAAGCACAAAUCUUAAGUUCUUAACUGAGGGAAAGGCUCCUUAACAACCCCAGGUGCAUUUUAUAUAUCGAUUAUUUCUGUUUUGUGUGUUUAGGUUUUUCAAUAUCUGAGUGUUUGAGAAACAUAAAAUGCAGGAUGGGAAUUUUAUUAUUUUUAAACUGUUUAAAUUUUUUGGUGUGUUUUGUGCAGCUAACAGCAUUUAUUUUAAUAAGGUCCCAAUUUUUUCCCGGGCACAAUUCUGAUAUUUAGGAUUGUGCUUAUAUGUUGUGUGUUCUGUCACCAUUCCUCCCAUGUCUGUCAGUAUUUGUUAAAACCCCUUAAUCAAACCGGCAUCUUCACCUAUAAAUAAAGGUACUGGGUUGGAGUAUCAGGCAGCGCUGUGUGUAUGAUCCAGCACAUGAAGGAACCUGUGAUGAGAGAAAACAGCUGUUCUGUUUGCUGAUGUUGUCAUGGUUACUACAGUUAGUUUCUCAUUGACAGGGACACUUGUAUAUCUGAGUUAGUUGAUUGUGUACAUGGGGGGAAAUGUUUUUUUGUUGACAUGGGGAAAAUACAAUGUACAAAACAUUAGAAACACCUUAAUAUUGAGUUGCAGCCCCUUUCGCCCUCGGAACAGCCUCAGUCGUCGGGACAUGGACUACAAGGUGUCAAAAGCAGUCCACAGGAAUGCUUCCCACAGUUGUGAAGUUGACUGGAUGUCCUUUGGGUAGGGGACCAUUCUUGAUAUACACGGGAAACUGUUGAGAGUGAAAAACCCAGCAGCGUUGCAGUUCUUGACACUUAAACCAGUGCCCCUGGCACCUACUACCAUACCCUGUUCAAAGUUACUUAAAUAUUUUGUCUUGCCCAUUCACCCUCUGAAUGGCACACAAACGCAAUCAAUGUCUCAAGGCUUAAAACUGUCUUUAACCUGCCUCCUCACCAUCUACACUGAUUGAAGCCGAUUUACAAGUUCCAUCAAUAAGGGAUCAUAGCUUUCGCCAAGUCAGUUUGUCAUGGAAAGAGCAGGUGUAUAGUUCUCAUUAUUACGCUGCACUCAUGGGGAGUUACUUGCUUUUAGUGUUUCUGAGGUGUGGCUCUGUGAACGUGGUCUGCAUCUGGGGCUGUGCCCAAACCAAGGUAAUGGUCAGGUUCCUCUGCUCAGACGGUGCUGAUACGUGCCAGAUCUUACAAUGCCUGGAUAGGUAUUUUGCGUAUCAGCUAACCAUGUUAUAGCAAUCUGGUGCCCGACGGCACAGCACGCAACCAUUGGUUGAUGCAUGCAGCGUCUGAGCAAGGGAAGACGACCUAUGACAAUGGCACAGAACACUGGGCAUCCAAAUAAAGAUGGCUGAAAUAGAACUGAUCCCCAAAACCGUGAAUCUGAGUCAGCCAUGUGUUUAUUAGUCCCAGGGUGUUGGGUCUGUUGUGGAUGUAUACUUCAACUUGUUUGAAUUUGAGCAUGAGACAGUUUUUGAUACAAUGCAGAUACCCCUAGUGAGAGCACCCAAAGUCCUCGCCUUAUUUAAGAUGUUAAAAAAUAUAUAUACUAUUAAAAUGUGUAGUUUUGAAAUGACACACACUUUUCUCUAACUGAAAAACAGUAUUUUUAUUGAACUCCUUGGCAGGCUGUAAAAGAAAUGAGGAAUUAGAACCAGCAGCGUUUAGACAGGACCUCUCAUCCAAAUACUCACGCAAGCUAUACCAGCAUGAUGGAAUAAACUCUAGACUUUAAAAGAUA